AUGAUAAAGAAUCGCUGACGAACCCCCGACCACCAUUCACUCGCUCCUAGGGAUAUUUUGACGGCAAGGACAAUAAUUUGCCUAGAUACGAUAAUCGUGCAAAGGCUCGAGUGCACACGACCGCUUUUUUCGCCCUCGGUCAGGCCCACCGCGGUCUCGCCGCUCCACUUCCUUCCGACCUUCAGGAGAUCGAAGCAAUCUCAUCACUAUGCGUCUCCUCCCAGUGUCCCUCAUUUGCGCGCUUUUCGCAUCUGUAGCGAUAGCAGAUUCUGAAGAGAGAUUGGGAGCGACAGAAAUACCUGGGGAGAUCACAGAGGAGACUGCUGACGGACCAGACCCGACAGUAUUCAAUGGCAUUGCAGUACCGCCGUUAGUAGACAUUGAUGGGGAGAAGUUUAACACCACAGUGAAAGAUGGAUAUUGGUUUGUGAAGCAUCACUCACCGUACUGUCCGCAUUGUUUGCAUGUAGCGCCAACAUGGCAGACUCUUUACGAAUUCUACUAUACCUCGAAACCUGUUCCAGCUGGCUCGACGGUGGACAGCUCUUCUACUUCUAUGAACACUUUUACCGCAUACUAUAAUUACCACUUCGGGAACUUGGAUUGUGUUGCUUUUGGAUCAGCUUGCACCGCUCACAGUGUCGGCGCUUUCCCAACUUUCAUCCUGUAUAAAGAUGGCGAAGAAGUAAAGAGAUUCGAAGGAACCAAGGACAUGGCAGGACUCAGCAAGUUUGUGGAAGACUCGUUGGAAACGAUCCGACCUGGAUCUAGAACUCCUGGUGGUCCCGAGUUACCAGCUACGGGUGAUUCUCACAGCAAGGAUUACAACGCCGUGGAAGAGGCACCUGAUUCAGCAUCAAAGAAACCUGAUACACCGGUCAAGGAUACGGAGUUGACACCAUCAGUCAGCAAGGACACCAAGGAAUCGAAGACUGGCAGCAGCGUCUUGAAGGCCACACCUGUGAAGAACAAGCCCAAGAAAACGAAAGCUGCCAAACCAGUCGCUACCCCCAAUCCUCUCGGAAAGUCUAUCUCUUUCACCGCGGAAAGCUUCCAAACACAGGUCACAAUGACACAAGAUCCGUGGUUUAUCAAGUUUUACGCUCCGUGGUGUCACCACUGCCAAGCUUUGGCACCAAAUUGGGUUCAAUUGGCAAAGGAAAUGAAGGGAAGGCUGAAUAUUGGAGAGGUCAAUUGUGAUGUUGAGACCAGACUUUGCAAAGAUGUUCGCCUCCGAGGAUAUCCAACAAUCCUCUUCUUCCGUGGAGGAGAGCGUGUUGAAUAUGACGGUCUCAGAGGAUUGGGUGAUUUCGUUUCGUAUGCGAAUAAGGCGAUCGACCUUGGAGACGGUGUCAAGGAUAUUGAUGCUGCUGAGUUCAAGGAAUUGGAAGAGAGGGAAGAAGUAAUCUUCGUCUAUUUCUAUGACCAUGCCACGACCAGCGAGGACUUCGCUGCUUUGGAACGACUGACUUUGAGCUUGAUUGGACAUGCGAAACUGGUCAAGACUAACAGUGCUGCUCUUGCCGAACGCUUCAAGAUCACCACCUGGCCUAGGCUCCUAGUGUCACGAGAUGGUCGUCCUACAUACUAUACUGCUCUUGCACCCCAAGAUAUGAGAGACUUCAGACAGGUUCUUCAUUGGAUGCAAUCAGUUUGGCUACCAAUCGUUCCAGAACUUACCGCUUCGAACUCCCGAGAGAUUAUGGACGGAAAAUUAGUCGUACUGGCUGUGCUUUCCCGAGAACACACUGAUGAAUUCCUGAUGGCCAAGAAGGAAAUCAAGAGUGCAGCUUUGGAAUGGAUGGACAAGCAGACAUUGAACUUCCAACGUGAAAGGCAGGAACUGAGGGAUGCAAAGCAAUUGCGAAUUGAAGAAGCGGAGGAUCGUAACGAUCAGCGAGCUUUACGAGCUGCCAAGAGCAUCCGCAUCAAUAUGGACAAGUCCGAACAGAAGGAAGUCGGAUUCGCUUGGGUGGAUGGUGUAUUCUGGGAGCGAUGGAUCAGAACCACGUAUGGGAUCGAAGUCGGUAAGGACGGUGAACGGGUCAUCAUUAACGAUGAAGAUAACCGAAGAUAUUGGGACAACACCAUCACCGGGAACUACAUCAUGGCCUCCCGUACAUCCAUCCUCGAAACGAUCCCUAAAGUCGUGAUGUCGCCCCCAAAGAUCAAGCCCAAAUCCACCAUCGGCAAUUUCGAGAAAUUCUUCUUCGAUAUCAGAAGUACCAUCUCAAGCCAUCCUUACCUCUCGAUAGGGGGCAUCAUUGGUAUUGUGCUAGGAAUGGCCAUCUACUGGCGGAAACGCGUGAGGAGAAGCAGAGGUGGUUUCUUUAGACUCGAUGAGAAGGAUGGCUUGUUGGGAGGGAACAUGAACGGCAAGGUCGAUUAGACAGUUGGCGGUCAGAGAAGCAAGCAAUCGAUGAGAAGAGAGGCGUCUUUGUAUUAUAGGAGCGGGGCUAGGCAAGGCACGGAUGAUUUCCAUUGGGGGUCUCGUUUAGCCAUGUUAUACUGUACCUGUUUUCAAUAGUCAUCAUAUAGCAUUGGACUUUUUCUCUAUCUCUAUCUCCCUC